UUCUCCAUGCAGACGGUUUAUGUCUUAAAAAAAUAUGAACGGCUUGAAACUUUGAGUUUGGGAAAUUUAAAUCCCAAAUCUGGACGGUCAUAUCCAAACAAGUUUACGUUACUUUACAAAUUAUGAGCAAAACAUUUAAAAAUAAAUGAAACAAAACAAAGGGAACGCAACACGUUUGAUAACUUGCAAUUAUUAUUAAAUUCAGAAAAAUUACAAUUGCUACAUUGAUGUUGGAUAAAUAUGCAUGCAAUAAAUAUGCAUGCAUGGUUAUUUAAAAAGGACCCGGAUAUUUAAAAUCCGUCGACCUUUUUUAACUUAGUUCACUUUCAUUUUCACUUUGUUCAAUCGAAGAAAUGAAAGUAGACACAUUGAUAUCAUACAUGUUUCAUGUUUUAAAAUGAAGCUGGGGUGAAGAAGUCCAACGAUAACCAGACCAUGAGUGAGGACAUAGAAGAAAAGAAAAAACUUGCAACUUUUGUCAAAUCUGUUCAUAAGGAUCUCAGGAAGAAAUUCAAAAACGGGGAGAAAGAUGCUAAGGAUAUUUGGAAGGAGCACUGUCAGAAUACAGGAAAGCUUCAGGACUAUGCAGAGGCCAUGAAAAAGUUGGCUACAGUUCAUUGGGGUAAGCAGCAGCAAGAGAGGGUCCAUUGGUGCAGAAAGACUCUGCUGGAGUACUUCAGGGGAGGGAUGAAGAAAUGCAUUGAGAAAGACCAAAGACGAGUUCAAAGGCUGAGUAAACAGACCGAGGAACCAGACAUCACAACACACCAUCACCAGGUCCUCAGUGGCAGAUAUCUAGAUAUAAGCACCUCUCUACAUGAGAAACCACUUGUUCUUGACGUUGGAAGUUGUUACAAUCCCUUCAAGCAUAUGGAGGAGUUCAAGGUCAUUGGUAUUGACCUUCACCCUGCCACAGAGGAUGUGUAUCAGUGCGACUUUUUGUCGUUGAAAGUAGAAGAUCCCGUGCAGACAUCGUGUCCACUCGCUAAUUUACGGUCACCAAUAACUCGUCUGCCGUCAUGUGUGUUCAACGUCAUCAUAUUUUGCCUACUCCUGGAGUACUUUCCUAGCUGUCAUCAAAGAUGGCGGUGCUGUGUACAAGCUCACAAACUUUUGGCGCCAAAUGGCCUCCUGCUGGUCAUCACUCCGGACUCCCACAAACAGCACCGGAACUCCGCCAUGAUCCGCAGCUGGAUCUCUGCGAUUACCUCGCUGGGGUUCUCAAAAUGGAAAUACGAAAAGCUGGAGCACAUACAUUGCAUCGUGUUCCGGAAAAUUCAAGAUGAAUGUAGUGUGAACGAUGACAUGGCCGACCUGAUGUUUAUUCACCAGGAUGCCCUUGAGGAGAGUUCACAAGAGGACGCUUCGACAGAAGAUGGGCUUUUUAUAGAACGAAACGACGAACAAAUAAGACAGACAAUGUUAGAGUUGCCUGGGUUUGUCUCAGAUUCGGAAGACUAAGGUCACGAGGAAUGUUUGAAUUCUAAAGAAAUAAAAUGGCUGGAUAUAUUUCUAAUAAAUCUGUUGAUAUUGAUUUCAAUGUAUGUAAUUAUCUACACAGUGAUAGAAAUAUGUUGGGAACAAUUGCAAGCAAAUUGCAACAUCUUGUGUUCGUCUGCUCUUUGAAAAAGCCGGGACUACUUUCAGUGGCUUUGUUUACCUAGUCCCUAGAUGACCCUUUGACUUGAUCAACAUUUGUUUAUGAAUUUUGUGCCGCUAGCAGACUAUUUAUUUAAACGAAUUCAAACUUGAUAGCAGAUGGCCGUAUAUAAACAUUUUACACAGUGUUUCUCUUGGAUACAUUGUAUGUCAACAACACUCUAAAUAUCCGCCGUGUUUACCUAACAUUUCCCACUCAGCGAAUCAAACAAAAAGCCCAAAUUUCUCUUGAUGGCAUUAAUAUUUCAUUUUUUCCUCGUGUUUUUAAAAUGCAUAUCUGAGAGUUUGUAUAACGGAUUACACUGUACCUCAACUCAAUAGAUGGUCUAGCUCUUUUUCUCGGUAUUUAUUGGGUUUUGUUGUUUGGGGUUUUUUUUAGCUGAUAAGAGAAUGCUUGUUGGUUGGACUCGUGUUAGGCACAGCCGCCUCAAUGAGCGCUCGAACAAACAGUUCCUGGUCCACAAACACACGCUUGGGCCGGUGCACAGAGGGAAGUGGCCGGAGUAGUUGACUUUCUUGUCCUGAACUGACAUUGCUCCCCUUUGUUCCUUUUUGUCUCUCUGUAUAGUCUGUAUACUGUAUAAUUAUAAUUCGAGUCGGCUAUUUUUAAGUCCUGUUCUAUGAGUUAAGGGUGUCCGCGACUUUCAAACAGUUGUAACCAUAUAUGCUUUACAAAAGUCAAAGAAAUGUUAAUGGAAAUGACAAAGGGAAGGUGAUUUGUUUAUUUAUUUUUUUUAGGAAGAGGCGUUUUCACCAUUUUAGCACCAAGCAAGAUUUGUCAAUGAUUGCAUUUCAUAUAAAACUACUAAACGUAUGAUUUUUAACAAAAUAAAAGAUUAAAAGUGUUAUCAAUUCUGAAAUAAAAUGGACAACGUUUUCAGUUUUCUGUUGCUGUAUCACUUCAUAAACGAACAUUUUUUUUUCCAGAAGACGUUAAGUCAUACCUUGUCGAGCAAGUCCAAGCGAGGCAACUCACUCUUGCUCUAAGAAUUUAAAAAAUAAAUCAUUAUCGGGAAUACUUCAAUUGCAUUUAACUUUUAACAAAGUUAAUUUUCAUGUAUAUAGUUUGUCUUAUUUUAUAUUAUCUAUUUUAUAAUAUUCAUAUUUGAGGAGAGGACACCAAUGAACAUCCUUCAUUUUUUUCAGAUUUUUAAAUCUUGAAAAAAAAUGUUUGUAGUUGUGCAGUCUGACAGUUGUUCUGUGAUUAAAAAGGCAUUGUCCUGUUCUAGUA